AGCUAGAAACACACAUAUCGCCCUGAUACGACUGGCCUUUCAAACUCACGCGGCAAUCUGCUUUGCUUCAGCAUGUGAGAGGACCACAGGGGCGCGUGCCGCGGAAGAUCCGUCUGGGCGCUAAAAAAAAGUCCCUUUACAGCGACCUGCCCUGCCAGGCGGUUUACGGGGAAUAUUUUUGUCAUUAUCAUUUUGCAUAGGGGGUUAAAAAUGCAGUGCCACUUCGCGGAUGUUUCCUCGGUCAGGACUUGUAUCUGUUCUGCUAAUGGUGCUGCAGUGGUCUGGACCAGGCCUGGCCUCCCCUCUCCGGCCCAUCUGUGACCCACGGGUCCUGGACCGCUUCAUCAAGGAGGCGCGCGACAUGGAGUCUGCUGUGCGGAGUUGUAAGGAAGGUUGUGGCAUGGUGGAGUCUCUCACAGUCCCUCUAACCAGUGUUGACUUUUCUCUCUGGGAGAAGACAGAGGUGGGGGAGCGAUCACGGGAGGUGCAGGCGGGUCUGUGGCUGCUGGCUCAGGCCUUACGCAGGGCCCGGGCCUCCAUUUCCGACGCAGCGCUUUGCGGCCUCGUCGACACCUGCAUCAGUAAUAUCCACAGCAUUGGACAGGUGAUCCGCAGCCACAGCAUAGAGCAGGACAUGCCCCCCCCUACGGCUGCCAGUGCCAGUGGAACCCAGACAUGGCAGGUGACUUCGCUGGCAGAGCUGCUCCGCAUCCAUACCAACUUCCUCCGUGGAAAAGUGCGCCUCCUGCUGUCUGACGCUCCAGCCUGCCAGAGCAGCUGAUUACCACUCCCCUGAGUAGCAGCCUGCUGAGUGGAUCUCCUCCUUGGGGAAGAUCUGACUGGAGCUCCAUCAAGCUGGAGCCAGCUGAUUGGAGCUUCUCAGAGAAGGGGGUGGGCUGUGGCCCCAAUUACUUGAGAGUGAUUAACUCCUGUGUGUGGACGUAGAAGGAAGGAACGUGAGGGCAGGAUGGCGGCUGAUUGGACGAAAUGCAGGAAGGCAGGACACUGGCUGGGGUUGGCUGCGCUCACCUGCUUCAUCUCACCUGUGGUCCCUGCAGAUGGAGCCCCUCACACCUGCAUGGGCACUUCCUGGAAGGCUACUGCUGUUCGUUCACUUCAUUUAUACAUUUGUCUUGAAAUGCCUUUUUUUUACAUGUUUGUGUACAUACAUAUAUUUUUACAUAUAUAUAAUGGUGCCUCAAAUAAAGGCCCACAUCAAGCUAAAGAGCUAUGCACUGAGGAGCAGGUGUCACAGAAACAGAAAGUACAUUCAAGCCGUACUUUGGGUGGCAACCCAUAGCUUUAAAACCUCUGUUUAAAAUACAGUGGAAUGACUAUUUAUCGGCAGUGUGAAGUUUUAGUGACAUCACAGUUUUUGUCUACAUUGUAAAGGUUCCGUGACAUGACUGUGAGAUCAAAGCAGACAAACGUGAGAACCAAGAGCUUCAAUGAUGUUACUCUGACUAUUAUCUGUGUGUUUGGCUCAAACAGCGCACUCUACAGAGAGU